CGUUAACCAUCCGCAUUUGUGCGGUCUCCAUCGGGCCUCUUUGCCUGCCCUGGUGAAGAAGCCUCUCCUUUCGCGAGGUUGCCUAUAUGGGUUUUGUCGUUGUCGGCUUGCUGGAGCGUGUACAGGAAUAGCAAAGCGGCCCGGAGGGUGAAGGGGCUUUGCCUACCGAGGCCGUUUGCUCUCCUGCGCAGGCCGCGUGGGGCCAGGUUAGCUGUGGGCAUUCUUUCUUGGUCUCUAAGAGAUGACCCCUGACCUCCUGGGAUCGCAUCUGGAGAGCCUCUAGUGUUCUGCCAGCUUCGGAAGCAGGAGGGAAAGCGAGCCUAGCAGAGGCAUCAUGGCCGCCCUCAGACCUCUUGUGAAGCCAAAGAUCGUCAAAAAGAGGACCAAGAAGUUUAUCCGGCACCAGUCAGAUCGAUAUGUCAAAAUUAAGCGUAACUGGCGGAAACCCAGAGGUAUUGACAAUAGGGUUCGGAGAAGAUUCAAGGGCCAGAUAUUGAUGCCUAACAUUGGUUACGGGAGCAACAAGAAAACAAAGCAUAUGCUGCCCAGUGGUUUCCGGAAGUUUCUCGUCCACAACGUCAAGGAGCUGGAAGUGCUGCUGAUGUGCAACAAAUCUUAUUGUGCAGAGAUUGCUCACAACGUUUCCUCCAAGAACCGCAAAGCCAUUGUGGAAAGAGCAGCCCAGCUGGCCAUCAGAGUCACCAAUCCCAAUGCCAGGCUGCGCAGUGAAGAAAAUGAAUAGACAGCUGAUGUGCACAUGCUAUUUGUGUUUAAAUAAAACCAUAAAUACCGCCA